GACUCUCCUCAGGGGUUUUCCCCUGUCUAGAAUGUCUCCGCCGCUUUGUUUCUUCCAACGCUCAACCAACCAAUCCCGUCGUCCCUUUCCUUCACCUUCAAACAUGCUAUACAGGGUCUUGUCCUUAGCGACGGCGAGCAAUGGCCGUGCAGGCUACUUAGUUGGUAGCAAUCUUCUCUCCUGGGCUGCUAGCGUAGUAUUCUCGGGUAAUUCAGUCUCGUUAUGGUUGACUGACACCUCUCUGGCCUCGCUGCUUGACAGGCCUUAGUCUGUUUGUCUCGCUCGUGUGAAGCCACAACACCAUCUCUAUUCCCAUUCGCUUCUUUCCAUCUAGUACAAUUCAUUUUCUUUUCUGAGCUUCAUUUUUGCUCCUCUCUUGCGUAGAGCGCUAAAUCGCUUCCUCCUCUGUUUUCCAGGGGAAAAUAACGAGUAUUAUCAUAUUCUUCACAAAUCGUCGUUGAUGAUCUUAUGAUCGUAGACCGGCCGACACGGCCGCCUCCCUUUUUUUUCUCUUUCGUAUAACUUCAAUUUGUUUAAAAUUCAUUUGCCCAGAGUGGCGGUAAUUAUCUCUCAUCUUUCAUCUUAAGCUUCUGCGACAGGUAUCGCCUACUCUUGAUAGUCUACGAUCAUGGCAUCGAUCACAACUCGCAACGGUCAAAGGUGUACGGCAGUGCCGAAAGUAGCAAAGAUACUACUUGCAUCAAAUUCAUCCUCGACUUCGUUAUCGUCUUCAUCUUCGUCAACAUCGACAUCGACUUCGACAUCUUCAACUUCAACUUCUAUCUCUACAUCAACAUUAACAUCAGCAUCAGUAUCUUCUACUUCGGCUUCGAGUAUAAGUACGACCUCAUCUUUAUUAUUCGCGUCUUCAUCUUCUACAUCUAUAUCGAUCCCGACCGAUCCCCAGGCGACUCCGGUUGACAACCCAGCACAACCGGACUCUGCCACUCAAAUUUCGUCGGAUACAUCUUCAAGUGCUUCAAGUACAAUAAGUACCGCAGCAAUAGCUAAUACGCCUCCAGUAUUUAUACAACCGGCGAUAGGUCAGAGUGCUGACCAGUCACCAUCUACUGACCAGUCAACUGAUCAGACCACCUCGGCGCUACCGGCGUCGAUCGUUAGCACAGCUAACGACGCCUCUCUCCCUUCUGAUUCUGGGGUCCUUACUGAUGCUGGACCUACGCCGUCUCAACCAGGGGAUCAGACACAAAGUACAAAUGCACCGACUACAGACGGCGCAGCACCGGCGCAGUCGCUGACUGGCCAACCGGGGGAUUCAUCUAUAGUAACUGGUUUAGACGGAAACACAGCGACCCUAACAGCAGGCGCAACGCAAUCUAUAGGGUCAUCGUCAGUGGAAACGGAGACAAACGGAGGAGGUCUGUCAACGACCCAACAGCAAGUCACCGGCAAUGCCAUCACAACGCAGCAGACGAUAGCGAUAGCUGGUGGUGUAGUUGGAGGAGUCAUAUUCAUUUCCUCUUUGGCAUUCUUAAUCUGGAUAUGGCGAAAGAGGAAGAUGCAUGGGCGGAGGAGUACACUAUUAACACCAUUAUCUCCAGAUGCAACUUUCCGUGACCGCGAGAAAGACCCGUAUCUUAUUGAUCGGUCAUCCCUGGGUCCGACGCCAAUGUCCGAGAAGCUUUGGGCCGUUGUUGGUAUGAAGUAUAAGAGAUUGCGCGGAAGGGUCAACGAUAUUGUAGCCCGUAGCAACAGCCCAAGCCCAAGCGUCAACCUUGACCGUGGGAACUCACAAUUUGGCCCACUCGAUGGAGCGCAUAGUCGAAAUAAUUCAAAUGCCGGAAUCAUAGGAGGCCCGCCAACUACCAAGGGCCGCUUCGUGGACUGGUGGGGUCGGUUGGCGGAAGACGGAAAUUUCAACUGGCGACUACGUCACGAAUCGAAGGCUGAUGCGAUAAAUAACGAGUCGUACUCAGUUCCGAAGUCUACAGGCAAUAACAAUGCGCCGAGAGUUCCCUCUCAGCCUGACUUCCUCACACUUUUAAAUAUGGACGACAGGCAACUCGAGCAAGCGGCAAGGGUGCGAAAUAGCGUGAGAGGAAGCCAACGUCGAUCGAUAUCUAUGGGCAAUGAACAGCAUUUCCUCGGUGGUCUUGGAUUAAACUUCGACGACCCCUUUUCUGAUGUCAAUGCCAUAGGCAACAACACGGCUAAAGCGAAGCCUGUAGUUGUUUCAGCAGCAAACAACCCAUUUUCGGAUGCGAACGCCAUCGCGGCACCAUCAGCUGUGGCAAAUGGCGGUCUCGCAACAUACGUACAAAAUGUUCGACGCUCGCGUGGACACAGCGUAAAUGGCGGCGGUAUCAGCCGGCAACCGAGUAACGCAGGUACCCGCAUGAACAGCGCGAUGAACAGCAUGUAUCGCGAGUCUAAUGCGAGCAUAUCUACGGUCGGCACCCGACGCAACAAAUUCCGCUCCGACCCAUUCGAUCUAGAUCGCCCGGAUCUGCUAAGCGCCAACUCCAGCUUUGACGCCACCGUAAGGGAAUCUAGUCGCAGCAGCAAGGGGGCGCCGGUACCGGUGCCCAAUACGCCACGGCAGGCACACGUGCGCACCGAGAGUUUCACGUCGAAAUAUUCGAGCGGCGUGAGUGGUGUGAGCAUGAGUAUGAGCCAGUGGAGCGAUCCCGGCCCGGAUGUCGGCCCAGCGGCCGCAAGAUACACGCCCACGCCGGAUAACGGGAUCGCGCGUAGGGACUCGGAUACGCGGCGGAGCGGCGGUAGUCAGGGGAGCGUAGGCAAGGCGUUAUAGUUGUCGCUCCCGUACGGUACCUGAAUUCCAGGUACGAACGGGAGGAUAUACAUAUACGGCAGUCUAGGGCAUAAUGGGUGGAAGAAAAGAUCACCGAUGGUGAUGAGGCAUGAAGCGCACGCCGUCGCCUGUUUGAUUAUCGCAUAGUUAUACCGAAAAGGGUAGCUUGGAGUUACUGGUGCGAUGCAUUGCUGUUCUUUUUUCUAUUUUUUACAUUUUAUAUUCGUGUUGGGUGAUGAUACCCGGCGACCACACUCUCGCUUAUGAUACCUACCCAGUACUUCGAAGGAAGGGGACAGAAAACGAGGACGUCUCCCGCCUGAGCAAACAGAAGCAGUGUUCUUUUUUAUGGUUCGAGACAAAAGAGGGAAAGGUGUGAUAUACCCUGUUCCUGAAUACAAUACCCAAGCUAGGGAAAUGAGAGUCGAGACGUGUAACUUUAGGAGAGAUCUUGGAAAGUUUGAUCAAGACGUGGACGAGAGACGAGGGAUGGAUAGACGAAGAGAUGGAAGAUAUAUAUACCCGCGCUGAUAACGUGGGAUGUGUGUAAUGGAAACGUUCGCGCAGAUGAGAGUCAGAUCAGUUGAAUCAAAAGUUCUGAAGUUUA